AUGAUAUAUCUUGAACCUAGCUCCCUUGGCUGGCGCCCUCUGGCAUGUUCAUGGCUCAAGAGGCUACCGCCAUUGUUAUCUGCAGGAGAUGGUCAGGAAGCACUAGAGUCUCUUCUUGAGUGGCUUGUCGAUCCAACCUUGCGUUUCGUUUACACUUCUUGCCGUCAAAUGGUUCCUACUAGCCCUACAAAUCUGGUCUGCUCAUUGUUGGGCUUCAUUGAUGCUCUUGUUGGUGAAGCGGCUGUAGCCAGUGAUGCAGAAGACAACCGUCAUUUGAGGAAUUGGUGCUUUUCUUCAUUGCUCUUCGGCUUGGUUUGGGCCAUAGGUGGGUGCCUAGAUUUUGACAGUCGCACACUUUUCAGCACUUUCAUACGGGAAUUAUUGGCGGGGCAGAAUACUAAUCAUCCUGUUCCGAAGAUAUUUGGGGGACGGAUAGAUUUCUGCAUGCCAGAACAAGGAAUGGUUUAUGACUAUUGGUUUGAGGUAAACAGUCCGAGUGCCGUUUUUUACCAUUUACAUUAG